CCCACCUCCGCACCGCCGCCGCCCACAUCAUCAUCAUCUCGAAGACAUCGAUAGUUUGUAACUUCAACUCUUUGACUUACUCAUUUCACUGCGCCCAAUUCGACUUGUGCAUAAGCCAGGAAGACACUGCCCGCUCAGCCUCACUCAGCCAUAUCUCUCGCUAUACCACAGCAGAUUAAACAAAGCUCCCUACUAUAAACUAAUUACCUCCGAGCCAACUCAACCUCCUGAACCACCCUCCGAUCAAACAAAAGUACCCACCAUGGCUCAACUAAACUACCGCACAAUCAACAUCGACGUGUUGGACCCUGAGUCCUCCGUCAACUUCCCCAUGGAAACCCUCCUUCCCCCUACCCUCCCUGCCCCGACCACAUCCAGCGAAGCCGCAAACGUCGCCGCCCAGGUGCGCCAGCUACUGCGCGGUGGGGACCCCGAGGGAGCGCUGCGCGCUGUCCUCGAUACGGCUCCGCUAGGCGGAGAUGACCGCGCAAAGGAGGUGCACUUGGCUACCGUUAUCGAGGUGCUUCAGGGAAUUCGACAGGGCGAGAUGACGAGAGUAUUGGAGGGGGUUUGUAAUGGACAGGGUGGUUCCGAGCGGGCGGACUGCUUGAUGAAGUACUUGUACAAGGGAAUGGCGGCCCCUGGGCCUAGCGGCGGCGCGCAAUCGCCUCGCAAAUCGGUCUCCCCGCAGAGCACCGGAUUCUCGCAGAUUCAGGCCAGGAACCUUGGUGAAGGUGGCGGUGGUCAGCAGAUGAGUGUGCUGUUGAGCUGGCAUGAGAAACUGGUAGAGGUGGCGGGCACUGGGUCCAUCGUGCGUGUGAUGACGGACCGGAGGACGGUGUAAUUCGAUCGGACUGAGCUCUAGUUUUGAGAUAGAGACAAGGGGAUAGAUAAAUGGGUGAUUGAGAAA